AUGCAUCUCAGCCCUUUCAUACUUGCAGCACUGCCUGUUCUGGCGAGAGCAUUGCCAUCCAGCUCAUAUGGCGACAAGCCAUUGACUGUUAACACGAGCUCUGGCAUCUUUGCCCCCUUCUUUGAACCGUCUUAUCCAAACGUUGCCGCAUUUCUUGAUAUCCCGUUUGCAGAGACUCCGGUCGGAGAUCUCAGAUUCUCGCCACCUGUUGCAAAAAAGCAUUCCGGAGACGAAGUGUUUCAAGCAACGAAACUCCCACGGGGAUGUAUCCAAUACGUGCCUCUGUUUCUCAGAGGUACUGUUGCUGAUAGCCUCGUUUCUGCUGCCAACUUACAGCGUGGAGACUACGCGAACACCACUGAAGAUUGUCUAAGACUCUCUUUAUUCGCACCCAAGAACUCUAUCGCCGAAAGCAAAGGCGCGAAAGAUGAACGGCUACCUGUCGUGAUCUGGGUUCAUGGAGGUGGCUAUAUGAUUGGAGGCACCAACGUGCCAUAUCAGCUUUCCCAGCCUUGGGUUCAGCGAAGUCAGAAACACAUUGUUGUACAGAUCCAAUACCGACUCAAUAUCUUCGGCUUACCCAAUGCUGCUGCAUUAGCAGAAGAAGGAAAGAACCUGAAUCUGGCGCUGCUUGACCAACGUCUCGCUGUCGAAUGGGUACGAGAUAAUAUUGCCCGAUUUGGCGGUGAUCCAAACCGCAUCACGCUGUGGGGUGAAAGCGCAGGUGCAUAUGCUACAGAUGGCUAUCUGUUCGCCUGGCCUCGCGACCCGAUUGUCAAGGGCGUCAUAGCUGAUUCUGGGAAUGCCCUGGCAAUUGAGGGAAGUCUAGGUGAUGCCAGAAAUCACAUUACCUUUUCUAUCGCCGCGAAGCACCUGGGAUGCGGCGACCUGUCACCGCAAAAAGAGCUACAGUGUAUGAGACACGUUCCCGAGCGCAAGCUCAAGGAGUAUCUCCAAGCAGAACUCGGGCAAGGAGGUGCUGCUGAUGAUGGCCUCAGCUUCUCACUUAUUCCCGACAAUGUCACUGCUUUCACCAACUACACCGAAAGAAUCACUGCAGGGUCAUCCGAGUUCCCAGCAAAUAUUCCCCUUUUGAUUGGAACAAACACGAAUGAAGGAGCUGCUGUCAUUCCCUACAACUUUCCAGGCUACGAAACAGCAACAGAGAUACCGGCCAACCUCAAGCCCAUUGCUAAUGGGUUUGGUCUCAAUCUGCAAUGCACUACCCUCAAAGAGAUUCGUCUGAGAUCUGAAGCAGGCGCCAGAACCUUCCAGUACCUCUACGCUGGUAACUUCACCAACAUCUCCCCUCUGCCCUGGUUGGGCGCGUACCAUACUGCUGAAUUGCCUCUGAUCUUUGGGACCCAUUCUACUGAGGGCCCAUCAACCAAAUUCGAGCGAAAGGUCAGUGAGAGAAUGCAAGACCUUUACCUCAGGUUUACCAGUGACCCUGUUCACGGCUUGGAGAGGGAUGGAUGGCCGGCAGCACAGACACAAUUGGGAAGGUCGAAACUUGUCGAAUGGGCAGGGAAUGGCAAGGUUCAGCAGACUGUCGGUGCCAAGAAGUUGAUCGACGAAUGCACCAAGAACGGAUUUGCUGUAUAG